AUGGCAGUAGAAGCAGAAAGGUACGAUAUAGUAUUGCUCGGAGCAACUGGUUUUACCGGUAUCCACUGCAUUCCUUACUUACAAAAGCUCUCGAAAGAGAACGGAAGGAACUUGUCAUGGGCUAUAUCAGGACGCUCGGAAGAAAAAUUGAAGGAUGCAUUAGCUCAGAUGGGCAAUAAGAUCGGUGUAGAUUUAUCGGCUGUUCCUAUAAUAAUAUCCGAUAUUAAAAACGACGAGUCUUUAGCCAAUAUGGCAAAACAAGGGAGAAUUGUUAUAAACUGCUGUGGGCCUUACAGAUUCCUGGGAGAACCAGUGGUUAAAGCUUGCAUCGAAGCUGGUACUCAUUACGUUGAUGUCAGCGGAGAGCCCCAAUUUUUAGAAAACAUCCAAUUGAAGUACCACAAAGCCGCACAAGAGAAAGGAGUGUACCUCGUGAGCGCUUGCGGUUUGGACAGCAUCCCUUGCGACUUGGGUUUAAUUUUCCUUCAAGAUAAGUUCGAUGGUACUCUGAAUUCGGUCGUCACCUACCUUUACACGUCGGAGGAGGGCGAGGGUCUACCCGGCCCCGCUGUGAAUUACGGUACAUGGGAGAGCUUAGUCUACGGCUUGGCCCAUGCUACCGAAUUGUCGCAGAUUCGAAGGCAGCUCUUUCCUAAGAGACUGCCCAGCUUCAAGCCGAGCUUACAAACCAAAACGUUACCGCACCGGCCUGGUGUGGUUGAUGGGUGGGCUUUGCCAUUUCCCGGAGCAGAUCGUUCGGUCAUGAAAAGAACCCAAAGGUACAUGUACGAGGAGGAAAAUAAGCGGCCUGUACAAGUCGAUACCCAAGUCACUUUUAGCAGCUUCAUAGCUGUUAUAUUUAUUGUUAUAUCCUUCUUGAUUUGGACGCUUUUGGUCAAGUUUAAAUGGGGUAGGAGUUUACUGUUGAACUAUCCACACCUGUUUACGUUUGGUAUGUUCAGAAAGGAUCAGAACCCGUCUGAAGAGAAAAUAAACAAUACUAUAUUUCAAAUUACUUUUUACGGGGAGGGCUGGAGGGAGAAAUUGCCCGAUAAAAACGACCAGUAUUCCAACCCCCCAAAUAAAAGUAUAAUUGCUAGAGUUAAAGGGAGGAAUCCUGGUUAUGGGGCUACUUGCGCUUGUUUAGUUGGAGCUGCGAUUAUUCUUAUUUCGGAAAAAGAAAAAUUACCACAGGGUGGAGGUGUAUUUACACCAGGAAGUGCCUUCGAGAAAACCUCUCUUAUCAACCUUCUUUGUGAAAAUGGAAUAACUUUUGAUAUAAUUUCUGAAAAAGAUAUUUAA